AUGCAUCUCUUCCGCCGGGGUACCUCCUCACUCUUCAGUUCGUCCAAUGUUUCACUCGCCUCCUCUAGGACCGACAUCACCACCGACGCCGUGGGGGAUAACGCACUCGCUACGGAGGGAUUCCAGUCUGUAUCAGCAUCCGAUCAGCUUUUUAUAAAGCCAGAAGCAUCUACCGAUGGCGAAGAAUGCCUCCACGACUGCUCGAGCUGCACCGUGAAAUACCCCGCAAAAUUCGAUGUGGACUUGGAGGAUGAGCUUUAUGGGAAGGUGAAUGGGUGGGCGACACACAUGCUUGUUGCUACUGGGAAAUCAGACUGGGUGCGCGAUGUUGCAGACGAGCAAGGGAGUAUCAUGGAAGCAAUCGAGAAAGGAGGAGUCGAGCCGAGCAACGGGAGAUUGAAGCUAUCCGCUUCAAAUAUGCCGGUACCAGACGAAUACCACAUGCAUGAACCAGGGCAACAACCAACAAACGUGCUCCUGCUACCCAGCUUCACCAUCGUGGAAAAUGUUACGCCUCAGCUGGUAUCCGAUCUGAUUGCGAACUUUGUCAACACUUCCCCGACAACAACCACGCCACUCAGCGGCGUUCCUUCAGACAAAGAGGGUGGGAGUGGAGUGGAAUCUCCAGAACAGGAGCAACAAGAGCAGCAGCCACCGCACCCCUCCAAUACAUCUAUCACAUCAACCCCUCUCACCUCUCACCCUUGCCCUCAUGCCGCCGUAAUUCUCCUCUGCUCGCAACGUACUCGCGACGCACGUUGCGGUCAGUCUGCACCCUUGCUGCGCAAAGAAUUUGAGCGGCAUCUGCGGCCGUUGGGCCUGUAUCGUGACAUGGAUGAUCAGCGACCUGGCGGCGUGGGCAUCUAUUUUAUUAACCAUGUUGGCGGGCACAAGUAUUCGGCCAAUGUGAUCGUGUACCGUCGCAGGGACUUUGAUUGGUACAAGCGCGAGGAAACACGCGCUGCAGAUGAAGAAGAGGGUGCUUCUCAGGGCAUUUGGUUGGCGCGAGUGCGGCCAGAGGAGUGCGAAAACAUCAUUCGGUAUACAGUCCUGCAAGGCAAAGUCCUCAAACCUGAAACUCAACUGAGGGCUGGGUUUGAUCGCCAGCGCGGGUUGACGAGCUGGUAG